AUGACAAGGAAAUUGCCUUGGAAAAGAGAAUCUGAGUUCUCAUCAAGCAAUAGCGCAAGAAACACAAGAGCCCAAAGUCCCAAGUUACCUACUGCGCGGCAAUAUGAAAGUCGAGAUGUUUUGCGAACGCCCGUGUCACGCAGACACGUUCGGCGCGUUUUGGAUUCCGAUCCUAUUCGAAGCCCAUCUACUUCACCUCCACCAGAGCGGCCUCAUGAAGAGUUCAUGAUUCCAGGGCCGCUGAAUGACGACAAAUUCAGAAUGGUCGAUGAUGAGUUUCUGCACAUGGCCCAGCGCUUCACCGCGCACCUUCACCGAGCAGAAUACGAUCGUCUCAAGGCCCUCGCCAAGGCCCAAAACGCGGCUACUAUCAGCGAGAUUGAGCGUCCCGUCGUGGCAAGUGCGGUGCCGACAGCCAGGGCGCGACAGAGGAGUGAAGCAGCUCAGAAUUCUAUGAAGCGGCGUAAAGCGCUGGAAGCUGAGAGUGGUGAGGAUGGUGAUAACCGCAAAGCAAAGCAAGAUGAACAAAGGUCGCCGUGGGCGACGGGUCUACGAGGAUUGAUGGAGGCGCCGAGACGAGAGGGAAGGACAAUUAUGCCUGCGGCGAGUGCUUCAUCUUCUUCCUCUAGGACGAGAGCGGCCGCCGGGUAUUCAAGCAAGUCGUCACCACAGCAAGACCAUCAAAGUCGUGAAUUAUCGCCGUCAUUGCCACCAUUGGCGUCAUCAUCCAAGAGGGUCAAGCUUGACUUGCCCGCCAAUCCAAAAUCAACUGCUACACAGAAACUUCCCAAGGGAGUUCCUCGUCCAGAUUCUUCUCGAACCAAAGCCGACAAUCAGCCACCCAGUGUCUACAAUGUGGAUGACGACUUGGAUGAUGAUCUUUUUGGCUUGCACGAGCGUAGGAUGAGCAGGAAGAAAUCCCGAGAGCAGUCCAAACGACCGGCCGCAAAGAGUGAAGUCAAAGACGAAUCAAAGCCGAUCGAUUUGAGCUCUAUCCCUACAUUCUUAUAG